AUGCUCUCCUACGAAGUCAUUCGCAACGACACAUAUUCGAACAAGUCAUGCCAGAUGGAACGCGAGAUGUGCAGUUACCUCGAGUGGCAGCUGAACGUCGAGCCCACCACGCUCAUUGAGUUCCAGGAGAUGGUGAAGAGAGACUUCAAGGGACCAGGUCCGUAUCCCACAUACGCUGCUCCCUUGCCAGCUCCUUCUUCUAUACCGUCAACCACCCUGUAUAUAGGCACUGCCUGCACGCCGUUGUUCAUCAGCGGCCGUGCCCCCUCGACGUCUCCACCGAAGCCAACACCGCGCCUCCCACGGUGA